AUGAGACCCAAACCAAGGGACUCUUCACAUCCCAAGAUUUUCCAGUCGGCAGCAGCUGCAGCAACGGCAGCCUCAGUUACCGCUGCAUAUGCCGUAAACCAACCUGGAAAGUUGGACUUCAUUAAAACAGAAGAUUCAAACAUUAAGUUAGUCGAGGACAAUGGCUCUCAACAGGAUCUUUCACUUGACAUCAACGCAAUUAGAGAAGAAAACAAGGUGUUGGAAUCAUUACUUGCUGAAGUCAAAGCAGAAAAUUCUGGUCUGAAGGAAAAGAUUGAGGAAACUUCAAGUACCCAUGCCGAGUUGUUCAAGGAAUUCCGUUCAUUCAAAGGUCAACUUGGAGCUGAGAGAUCAAGAUGCACUAAAUUGGAGGCACAAAUCGCAGAGUUCCAGAAGAUGCUGGAUAAUCUGCAGUCUAUAGAGGAAGAGGUUCAGUUACUCCGGAGAUAGAAAUCUGAGUUGGAACGUGAGGUGGAGCUUGCCACAGCCGCUCAGAGCCAAAGUUCUGGUGGUGUUUGGAAGUGGAUAACUGGAUUACAGGAGUAAAUGCAACUCAUUAAAGUUGCUGGUACCUCAAAAUAGGAACGUUUAAACACUGGAAAACUGACCACCACAAAGCCUCUAGGUCAAGUUGUAUUUCCUCAUCCUCCCAUACGAGAGGUUGAUGGUUCAAGUCUCCAUUGAAACCUAGAUGUGUUCGUUGAGUUUGACGGCUGUAUUUUUACUGGAAAAAAAAGGUGACCUUUACUCACAGUUGUAGCCUCAAGCAAUAGGUCUAAUCUUUAGCUUAUGCGGGAUGCCACUGUAUUUAUAUGGUGAACAUUCUUGAUAGUGAAUUUUGAAAUAUUUUCUGAAUACCGAUCAUUAUACGAAUUUUGUGAGAACAUGAGACCACAUUGGGACAAUGAUUUAUAGUAUGGGUACCAUGUUGUGAGAAUCCAAGUAAUUUGCUUUGUAUCAUAUAUAUAUAUAUAUAUAGUAUAUUUUUUUUAUUUGAUCCCAUGUAAUAGUAAUUGUUAUUU